UCCCCUGAAAGUCAACAAAGUGCCCCGCGAAGGCCUUCCAGCAAACUACAGGUCAUCUUUGUGCAGAUAUCGUCUCGAAACCGUGCCCACCCCUCUAUAUCCAUCGCGCCUAAACCACCAGAAGCUUAACUUACAACAUGGCGGAUAGGGCUAUGCCGUCCAAUGGCACCGAUUCCGUGGAAGAAGCGUUGCACCGCCUGUCCAAGAAGCCUGGCGUCAAGGGCUGGCUGAUGUUGGACCGCUCAAGCGGCGCGAUCCUGAAGACCAACGGACAGAUCUCCGCAAUACGGCCGCCCAAGUCUGCAAACAACGACAACUCCCUACCUACAACGGGGGGCGAUCUAUUCUCGAGCGAUGUUGUGGCCACCACGGACAACGAUGGCGAGGCAAAGGCAGCUCAGGAGCUGGGAAGCAUGGUGUGGGGUUUCUUGAGCACGGCUGGUAGCCUGGUCCAGGAGAUUGACACAGAGGAUGAGCUUAAGUUGUUGCGGUUACGGACAAAGAAGCACGAGCUUGUCAUCGUGCCCGAGCCAAAGUACAUCUUAGUUGUUGUGCAUGAUACCCCACCGGCAUGAGCACACGUGUUAGCUUGCGGAAACUGAAAGAGGCAUUCAUUCCAGCUGUAAUCACUUGCCGAACUGGAGAAGCAGCGUCGUUGUAUGGUCUCGAGCUUUUUCCCAACCCAGAUCCAUGCUUGACGCUGGUCACUUAGGGAUGUGGACUAUUUGCAAGGUAAUUGUGGCGUUAGGAGUUUUGCUAUGUCAAAUGAU